ACGAAAAGGAGAAAUGAGGUUGAGAAUGUCAAUGGAUAAAAUCUUCAUAUCUCGGAGAUUUCAACACUGAUUUAAUCAUAAAUAUCGUUGAAUUCAGUAUAAAUAUAUAAUCUACAAAGACAUCAUAGUUGGAUUAACUCAUAUUGGAUAUACGCAGUGAUAUUACUCUGAUAAUUAGGAACAGUCUAAAUUUUCCCAAAAUGGCGACAACCCCGUCUCCGACGCCAGAAACGAAUGCAAAGUACUCGCCGGUUUCGCAGACUUCGUCCCCCCACUCGUCACCUAUAUUGAACGGAAAUAAGAAGGCACACAACAGUCCCAGCCAUUCAGGAACACGUUAUAAGCUCAUACACGAAGGAGAUAUACAAGUGUGUAGGCUAAACCAUACCAGAACAAUCGUCAGUAAAAUUAUGAACUCAAAAUAUUUACGACGAUGGGAAGCACAUCAUUUAGAGCUUGCAGAUUGCGAGAUACGUUCUUCUACGCCAGUAGGAUUCAUGGACUGUGCCAUAGCUUACAGCACUAUAGAGGAAGCUAACAUUAUAUCACGCUGGGAUGCUGGACAAAAAUUCUGUAUACGGGUCACGAUACCAGAUGGUUCAGUCCUUUUACAAGCAAAUAACAGCUAUCUCAGAGACCAGUGGCUACAUUCAAUAGUAUGGAAGAGACAUGUUUUAAAGUAUGACAAAUUAUUGAAGAACACACGGCGGCCAGAAGUAUUAAUUAAAGAAAUAAAGAGUAUGAUAGAUAUGACAUUAAAUACACCAAUACAAGACCCACUGGUCUACCAAUUUCCAUUAGAACUAGUAUCACAACUAUUAUCACAGAAUCAGGAUUUUAUAACUAGACUCGCACAUGAGAACAUAAUAGUAGCGCUAGCACCACUUUUAGAAAAUAACCAUCCAACACAAGAAAUAUGUGACUUUUUUAGUAAGCAUUGUAAAAAUAGUCCUCGGUCAAACGUAGUGAUAGAACUGUUUACCCCUGUUGUGCAGCGAAUCCUCAAACAUAAUACAGAUUUUGGGAAGUAUCCAAGAAUGCGUACUUUUGUUACGGAAUACAUUCAGGCGCUGAACUCUCAAAAUGAUGGCCACAAAGUUGUCCAGGCUUUUGUUCACAGUAUGCAUGGUCCUGGGUCAAAUUGUCCCCAUCCACGGGUCCUGCCUAACCUAGUUGCUGUCUGUCUGGCCUCUAUAUAUAACUGCUACGAAGAUAAGAAGAGUAAUUUGAAUAUCCACAGUACGAAUCAAGAAUCGGCUUGCUGGUUGGAGGAAAUUGAAGGUCGUCUCAAAUGUUUCACAAACAUGUUUUGUACAAUAUCUGAGUAUGAAGACUGGCGGCCCAAUCUUAGCAGUUUACUUCAACCUAUACCAUUUCCUGAUGAGGCUUUGGCUGACAAAACAUUUACAACGUGUUUAAAACAAGUCAUUCAGAAUAUAUCUGAAGACCACAAGUGCGACGUGCAUCGUGCAAUACUCGGUAUACGAGAAGGAAAAGAGGGGUGGUUCCAUCUAUAUUGUCCUGGUGGAAUCGCAUGCGAUGAUGAGGGUGAACUGUAUGGUGUAAUGCUCAAGAUGCUGAUCUCGUGUUGCUGUCGUCGGAAACGGUUUCUUGAGAACCUCAACAAAAUGAUCGGUCCCUGCAUGCUGCUUGCCCUGCGUGAAAAUGAGGCUGCAAUGGAGGUGCUGUGUGCCAUGCUUGAGCUAGAAGUAGUGGACAACAAUGAUGUAAAGAUGCAGAUGAUCACAACGUUACAGAGCACGUCACACGGCAAGAAGAUGUACGCAGAGCUGUGUGACCGCCAGAUAGCCCUCAGAGAACUUCAGCAGAAAGGAGGACCAAAGAAGCUCACAUUACCCACAAAGUCUACAGACCAAGACUUGGGAAAACUCCUCAGUUCCGGUUCAUUUGGUAACCUAGAGUGUCUUAGUCUCGCCUUCACACAGGUCACAAGUUCCUGCGCCAAUGACCUUAUAAAACUGCCCUCGUUGAGAUACCUUAAUCUCUGGUCUACACAGUUUGGUGACACUGGGGUGCAGUUGAUAUCAGAACAUCUCCAGAAACUACAAGUGUUGAAUCUCUGUGAGACACCAGUCACUGAUAGUGGGCUCAGCUGUCUUUCUUCUUUGAAAAGUUUACGCAAACUUAACCUUAAUAGCACCAACUUGUCAGCAUUAGUGUUUGAGGGGCUCAAGGAAAAGUUACCUGCGCUUCAGGAAUGUGAUGUCAGAUAUACAGAUGCCUGGUAG